CCGGACACUUUCACUUUAGUCCAUCUUUUCUACCAGUCUGGAUGCGCGCAAUCUCUCUGAGCUCCUGAUAAACAAAGACUUGAUCAAGCAUGAAGUUUGCUCUGUGCCUGGCAGCUCUGGCUGCCGUCUACUGCUCCGUGGACUCCACAUACAGUUCACCCAAGGUGGACGUGUACAGCACUGAAAAGGGAAAGUUCGGAGAAGGCAACACCCUGAUCUGCAACGUGAGGAACUUCCACCCUCCCGACAUCACCAUCGAGCUGCUGAAGGACGGACAGUUGAUCCCUGACUCCAUGCAGACCGACCUCUCCUUCAAAACCAACUGGCAGUUUCAUCUGAUGAAGAGCGUGCCCUUCACUCCAAAAGAUGGACACAAGUACAGCUGCAGGAUCACCCACACCAGCAACGUUAAACAUUUUGGCUGGGAGCCAAACAUGUAAAAUGGCAGAAUACACCCAGCUUGGUGAGUGGACUUCUUUGGCGAGGCUUCUCCACCGGCAGGGACGUCACAGCUGAACGUCGCAGCAGGGUGUUAUCCUGCCCGGCGCCGUGCCGUGAUGUUUCUCCCCUUGGAGGAGCCUGUCCAGGGGAUUUGGCUCCAGCUGCAGUGACGUUUAAUCUUCACAUCUUCAAUCAAAAGGGUCCCGGACGCUGACGGCUUUUCUUGCUUUUUCUAUUUGAUCACAGAACCAAACAACAAUAUCAUAUUGAGGAAACUAUUAUUGUUAAAUGAUAGACGAAUGAACAGGGCUGCUGAUAAUUUAAACCUGUGUAGUUUACCAACUUACUUUCCAGCCUUUGAUAGUGACGAUUUGCGUGUAUAUAUUUUGAUGAAGUAAGGAAAUGUGCUUGUUUAUUGAUUUUAUUGGCUUACAUAUAUUUUUGUUUGGGACCUUAACUGUUUUUCUUUCCUAAAUUGGGGAUUCAAAUGUAAACUGCUCAGAUAAAUGAUAGAUUCACGGGUUGUUCUUUCUGCGCUUGAUGGUAUGUGGGUGUUUUCCUUUAUUAGUUAAGGGUUUGGUUUAUUCUAAAUAAAUGUCCCUUAAAAAUAUAUCUACGUCCUCAGUUUUUAGAUCCAAACCUCUACAAUUCAUACAUUUUAUUAGACAAAUAUGUGUCAUUAUCUUCAAUUUGUUUAUGACCAUAGCAGUCACUUAUUGUAUUGUGUGGCUGUUUGAAUAAAGGGUUCCACCUGAGACGGUUUGAUGAACAUUACAUAUCUUCAUUGGGCAUUCUAAUACUGAUUCCAUAGUUGUCUCAUGUGUCUAUAAUUUAUAUGAAUAAUUGAUGGAGGCUAAUCUAGUGCAUUUGAAAUUGCUCUUUGAGUUUAACUUUAUCAAUAAAAAUACUAAAUUAAACCAGGAUACCAGGUGAUGACAACAGCAACGUUGAAUAUGAAUAAUUUGACUAAUAAAAGGAUUUUGGUUUAUAAUCACA